AUUUCUUUGAGGCGAUUUUUUUUUUUUUUCGCGCGAUUGAGGUAAAGUAGCUGAACUCCUGACAGACGUGAGAGCAAGGGUUAACAGGUCCGUGCUGUAAAACCAGUGCUGUAUUGAAUCAAAAUAUACUUCUGGGCCGUCAUUGUCUCCUCAACUGACAACAUGGUGCUGGCAGAGUGUGACCUGGACAGUUUGAGUCAUGAGGAGCCAGAUGAUCUUUUAGAAUCAGAUGACAGCUUUGAACCUAACAUGAAAACUGCAAAGAGAAAACAGGGACCAGCUCCAGGAGCAACUCUUUCAAAACGACCUAGACUGAAAGCAGGCGCCAGCAGCACCUCUAAUUCUUCACUCAUUCGCACACCUGGAUCUUCGCGCACACCAAAACACACGCUCGUCCCACAACCUGAGAGGGACAUGACGGAAACGAGAAAGAGAGGGAGCAUUUUUGAGGCUGUGAUCUCAGGACGUUCUGCACUGGUGACUGUUAUCGAUGAUUGGCUGGACGAUUAUAAACAGGAUCAGCAGGAGGGCCUUCUGGAGCUCCUUAAUUUUGUUGUUGAGUGCUGUGGAUGUAAAGGCAUCAUAACAAGGGAGAUGUUUGACGUCCUGCAGAAUGCUGACAUCAUCAGUCACCUGACCAAAGAGUUUAAUGAGGACUCUGUAAGUUACCCCCUGGCAGCAGGGGGUUCUCAGGGUCGACGCUUUCACGAUGGACUGUGUGAGUGUGUGUAUCAGCUGGUGCAGCGCUGCAGAAACAGUCUACUCUAUGAUGAGUAUGUGUUUUCUGCACUGAUUGCCUUCCUCACCGGGCUCGCGGAUUCGCAGGUCCGAGCCUUCAGACACACCAGCACACUCAUUGCUAUGCGCCUGAUGUCUGCUAUAGUGGCGGUGUCUGCAGUGGUGUAUGCUCAGACUGACACAACACAAAGACGCUAUCAACUGGAGAAAAACAAGAAUGCUGCACACAGAGCAAACGAGAGGCUGGAGGAGCUCCAGAUCUCCUACAAUGAGUUGUUGGAGCAGCAAGAGGAAUUGCGCUCUCUGAUGAACGGGAUCUUUAAAGGAGUGUUUGUUCAUCGGUAUAGAGACAAAGUUCCAGAGAUUCGUGCAGUCUGUAUGUUGGAGAUGGGGGUGUGGCUUAAAGAAAACCCUGCCUACUUUCUUAAUGAUGGGCACCUCAAAUAUCUAGGCUGGAUGCUGCAUGACAAGCAAGCUAGUGUUCGAUUGCAGUGUUUGUUGUCCCUUCAGAAACUGUAUGCAGAGCAAAGUUUCAUUGGCCGCCUGGAGCUCUUUACCAGUCGGUUUAAGGAGAGAUUGUUAAACAUGGUGCUGGAUAAAGACCCUGAUGUUGCUGUGGAGGCUGUCAGACUUCUGCUGAUCAUUAAACAAAAAACAGAUGAUGGUCUGUCAGAGGAGGAGUGUGUGCGUGUGUAUCCACUAGUGUUUGCUGCACAUAGAGGACUUGCUUAUGCAGCUGGAGAGUUUUUAUACCAUGUGCUGUGUACUGAAGUGGAUAAUUUACUAGAAGAAGGGGAAAAGGGGAAGCGCAAUGUUAUAUUUCUCAACCUGCUCACAUGCUUCUUUAUUCAAAGCAAGUAUCAUGAACAUGCUGCGUACCUGGUGGACAGCCUCUGGUGUGUAGCAAUGAAGGAACUUAGAGACUGGGAGACAAUGACAUCACUGCUGCUUCAGGAAAAUGGGGAGGAGCAAGGGCUUAAUGAUGAUGAAGAGGCAGCCUUGAUUGAGCUGAUGAUGUGUGCAGUCAGACAGGCGACAGAGGGAACUCCACCUACAGCUUCGGCCCCUGGGAGAAAGAAUUUGAAAGGCAAAAAGCAACAAACUCUGGAGAAAAAACGCAUCACCAAUCACUUCAUACCACUGCUGCCUCAGCUCCUCACUAAGUUCUCUGCAGAUGUGGAUAAAGUGAUUCGUUUGCUCAAAGCUCCUUUGCAUUUCGAUUUUGAGGCUUAUGGCAGCACAGGCCGUCUGGAGAAGUAUUUGGAGCUGCUGUUAUCUCAGGUGUGUGAGAUUGUGGAGAAGCAUCAUGAGGAGUGUGUGCUGGAGGCAUGUGUGCGUGUGUUGUGCGUGUUGUGCUGUGACCAGUACACUUUCUCCAUGCGUGCCGAAAGAGUCGUCAGCCAGCUACUCGACACAACUGUGGAAAGAUUUAACACGCAUCUCGCCGAUGUUCUGCAGGGCACAGCUGAUGAGGACGAUGUGUACAGGGCUGUGUCAUCCCUGAGGAGACUGGCCAUUUUCAGCAGCGCAAGAGAUCUGACUGGGCUGAAGCUAUUUGAGCCUUGCUUCCUCCUGUUAAAGACUGGAGUGGAGUCCAGGGAAGUGGAUGCCGAGGUAACGCUGAUGUUGUGUGCACUGAAGUGCGCUGCUUUCCAUUUGCUGUGGGUGAAAGUGAAGAUCUCACAGACACCUCAACCUGAGAAGGUGGAUGUGAAAAAUCUGUUAAAGCUGGUUCGUUCGUUUUUUGUGGUGUGCCAGAGUUGCUUAUCUCUGAGCAGCAAUGUCAUCAGGAACCAGGCCUUUGAGAGCGUGUGUGAUGUGUUGGUGGUGUUUGGACACGGCAAAGGUGAUGCUCAGAGUGUGUGCGUUUCUCCUGAUGACACACUCCGAGCUGAGAUGGCUUCUUUCCUAAUGGAUUACAUAUUCACUGAUCCUGAGGAAGAGGACAUAGAUGUGGACGAGGAAGAGGAGCAGAAAAUCCUUGCUCUCCAGCGCAGAAGGAAUCAGCUGGCAGGUUAUUGCAAACUUAUCAUUUACGGAGUGCUGGAGCUCCGAGCAGCUGCUGAUGUCUUCAAACACUACAGCAAGUUCUACAGAGAUUUUGGUGAUAUAAUUAAGGAGACUCUGAGUAAGUCUAAGAUUAUGAGCCCAGUGGAGAGUGCGAGGACGAUCUGCCUCAGCCUGCAGCAGCUGUAUUCCUCAUUGGGUGAUGAGGGUAAUGAUGAAGAGAGGAAAGACAUCAGGGAUGUGGCAAAAAAACUGGCAAUGAGCUUUGGAAUUAAUCUUCAACACAUCCGCAAACCACUCGUCGCCCUGCACCAGGAUGGCAUCCGUUUUGCACUGAGAAACACUGAUGAUCAUCCCAAUACUAGCUUUCUGGAAAUCCUCAGCGAAUUCAGCCACAAACUCCUAAAGCAGGACAAGGCACAGCUAUCGGAUUACCUGCACAGUGUGUGCAAGAGUGUGUGUGUGAGUGUAAACACCGAGUAUGUGAGCAUGUACGAGCGCUCGCUACGCUCGGGAUCCAGAGAGCCACCUGUUGCCUCUUCACCACACACACCAGCCAAGAGAUGCAGAACCACACAGAGUUCAAUGAGUAGUGGUUUUGACACUCCGGCUCUCACCUCCACGGUCAUACAGAGCCGAGUUACGCGCACACACCAGCAAUCUUUGCCUCCGUCCACAGAAUUCAGCUCAGAUCAGGCAUCAGAUGAUGACUUUGUAGAGGGGAGUGUACAGAGGAAGCUGAUGUCUAGCAGGAGGGAGCAGGAGAGUUCUGAACACAGCGACGUACAGUCUCAGCUCCACAGGCUCUCUCUGAUUGAGGAAGACUUUGAGGAGGAGGAGGAACCUGACAUAGAGGACUAUGAUGAUGAUGAAGACUCAGAUGGUGUUGGUGCUGUUUCUCUGCCAUCAACACGCCACUCCACAAGUUACCUGGAAGAGCUGUUCGAGUGAGAAAUCCACAACCUCGCACACUUCUUUACUAUGAGACCACAACUGUUUGUUAGAGCUGUUUCUUUUUGAGUGUUAAAUUUUGAGUUCUUCAAAACACAUAUUCACUGUACAUGAUAAUGACUGUUGUCAUUAGUUAAAAAUUGCUUAUGGCUUAAAUAAAGAUGUAUAAAAUA